AUGCAUCCCAUUUUGAAUUUUGUCAGACUGGCAGGCUCGCUUGUCUCCGGUAUCAAAGCUGGCGUAUGGUUCCUCGCUCAGAGUAGGUUUGCUAACCCUAACACCAAGAUAUCUGCGUAUACUACAACGUCCACUCGUCUCAGCACUACUACUGCGCUUUCCACGACUAGCAUACCAGCUACUACAUACUACGUCACGAGUUCCACAACUUCAUAUGUUACUAGUACUCUGGCAGCUACUACAUUCUACGUGACGAGUUCAUCAACCGUCUAUUUUACUAGUACGCAACCCGUAACUGUUACUGCUACUUCAACUACAGUGAGCUCGUAUCCAGUCACUACGACGGUACGAAGCACCACCACCGAGCUGUCUACGACUACCAUACCAGCUACUACAUACUACGUCACGAGUUCCACAACCUCCUACAUUACUAGCACCACGGCAGCUACUACAUCAUACAUCACGAGUUCCGUAACGUCGUAUGUUACCAGUACUACGGCAGCUACUACAGUCUAUGUCACUAGCUCUUCAACUGUAUAUGUAACUAGUACACGGCCCGUAACUGUUACUGCCACCUCGACUACAGUGAGCUCAUAUCCAGUUACGACAACGGUACGAGCUGCUGGUCAGGGCACGGUCACGGAGACGGAGACAACGACGGAAACGACGACUACAACAGCGGCAGCCGGAGCUCAACAAGUGAAAGCUCAGGACGCACCGAAUACCAGCGUCUCGACUAAAACGGUUACCCAACAGCGCAUAUCGACGAUAACCACUACCCAAGCGGGCCAACCUACAAAGGUGGUGACUACUACGGUUGUACAGACGCGUGUUUCCACAGUGACAGCUCCAGCGGCUCAAGCUCAAGGACAACAAGCGAAACCAGUCACCACGACCGUCACGCAGUCUACGACAAUCGCACAGCAGCGAACCUCUACAGUGACUGCGCAGGGGAAGCCAACCACUGUUACACAGGUCCAAGCCGCCUCAUCCCGCGUUUCGACGGUGACAAGAACCGUUACAACGACGGCGCAACCGACGCAUGCGAAGAGGUGGUUUGGCCCGGUUGGACGUAGGUAA